UUGUUGUGAGGCUGACUUCCUUGUGUCAUGUACUUUUAAUUAUUGGAAACGGCAUUCUGUUUAAGACUAUAUUGGUCGUCUUUUUGCACAUAGGCAUAUAGCCUACUAUCAUGACGGGAUGUAAAUGACCGUCGACCUUCCUUAAAAUGACGUGACACCACUAGGAAGGAAACUUUGAGAGUCUUUCAGCAGGUUACAGCCGCACCAAUACCCAGCAAUGUGGUGGUUCCAGCAGGGCAUGUGCAUAUUACCCGUGGCUCUGGUGAUUUGGACUGCUGCCACGUUUGCCUUCGCCUACAUCACUGCUGUGUUGCUGAAGCAUGUUGACCCCCUUGUGCCAUAUAUAAGUGAUACUGGGUCUGAAGCUCCUGAAAGAUGUGUGUUUGGGAUAAUGCUCAACAUCUCUGCAUUCCUUGGUAUCGCCACCACUUAUGUGCGGUAUAAACAGGUCCAGGCGCUAACGGACCAGGGAGAGACCAGAGUCCAUCAGCUGAACCUGCUGGGUAUCAUUCUUGGCUGGACCAGCUCCUUGGGCAUGUGUGUCGUGGGGAACUUUCAGAAAACAACCCUCUUCUCCAUACACAUUGUUGGGGCGGUGAUGACCUUUGGUGUUGGAGCGCUGUACAUCUUGGUGCAGGCCGGCGUGUCCUAUCGGAUGCAGCCGCAUGUUCACAGCAAAAGCAUGUUCUGGGUUCGCCUCAGUAUCGCAAUCUGGAGUCACGUCAGCAUCAUCAGCAUGUUUGUGUCAUCCAUGAUCAUGUACAGCAGCUUGCCUGGGAUGGACUUGUCAAAGAAACUACACUGGAUCCCAGGAGAAACGGGCUACACCGCUCAUCUUAUCAGCACCAUCUCUGAGUGGUCUCUGGCCUUCUCCUUUGUCUGCUUCUUCUUCACCUACAUCAGGGACUUCCAAAAAAUCAACCUGAGAGCAGAGGCCACGCUUCAUAGUAGUCACCUGUAUGAGUCAACGCACUACGGCGUCAUCGGGCCUCUGAGUCCAGGAGAAGACUCCCCCCUGCUCGCCGGCAGCAUCUAGAGAAGAACAACACAACCAUCUCCCUGGCAACCGGACUGGAACUCAUGUGUAUGCUCCACAAUGGAGUGUUCCUGUUCAGAUGCUCUGAAGAGAGGGCCUGAGUUGGAUGAAUUGAGUUUGGUAAAAAAUUGGUUUCAUCUUUCUGCUGUGAGAUUCGGUCUAACAGGGGAAUCUGGCCUGCUUUCUGCUAUUGCUUGAGCUCUAAGCUUCUAGCUUCUGAACUAAAAAAAGCCCUGCUCCAGUGUCAUAAGGUGUCCACUCUCUGAGUUAUAUGAAGAGAUCCAACACUAACACCCAAAUAACGCUGAGAUUAUUUAUGUUAUGACAUGUCAUAUGUCAUACCAGAAGAUGUUCAGAUUAUUCUGAGAAAAAGCAUCAGAUACUGACAUAAAUUAUGUCACACUUAAGAAUGGGGAACUGGUCGUGCUUUCGCAGUAUUAACGCAAAUGAAGGAUUAUUUGUUGCAUUUUUUUUUUUUUUUUGUCUUUGCUGGUUCUUUCACACUUUUAAAUCUGUUGACGAACUGCAGGGGGCACUAAAGCCAUACUGUUAUGUGUAAGGACUGGCGUUGCUAUGUUUACAAAGAGGUCUGGAAUGUAAUGAGUUGCAGAAGAGGACAUGUUGAAAGAAGCCUAAUGCCCGAGGAAUAGGUCAAAGUGAGCAUGUAACUGUGAUGAAUAAUGUAAAGUCAUUGCUCAUGAUCUCACUGCACACUGCCAGUUCACAAUAAUCUCACAAGACAAGUGUACCAACCUUCAACGGUUUCUCAGAACUAGGGACAUUGUUUGAAAACAUGGAGAGCCUGUUGCCAUCAGUACUCUGGUUUUUACCCCAUUGCAUUGAGCUGUUUAUACUUCUAUUCAAUUAUUUGCAUCAAAACACUUAAUACAAAAGAAGACAUAAAAGAUAUGAGGGAUAUUGGGGCUCGUCUUCUCACUUCCUGUGAAAUUGUACUAUUAUUGUUGAUGUGGAAGUGGGGAGCCACCUACUGCACUUCUUAUUCCACAUUAUUGGUAUUUACUAAGACAUUAGGCAUGGUGGGUAUCAACCCAUGAUGAUGUAUCAAAUACUGCCAUUUCAGAAGAUCCAUUUAUGUCAAUAGUAUAUUUUGCUACUAGAAACUACUUUACUACUGUAGAAUUGGUUUAUUUGGAGCGUAACCAGUGAUCAUACAUUCUGUUAAUACAAUACAAUACUGUGCAUUUCAGUUCAGUAGUCAUCUUUCCACAUUUUUACAAUAAAGGACACAAACAAAAGCA